CGCGAGGCGGCCGCUUGCACGCUAGGAUGGCGCUAGGCGAUCCUGGUCGCUAGUGGAUUUGGGCUCUUGCAGCCUCAACUUUAUCAACCACAUCACAGCCAGUGACUACCUCCACAUCUCGAGCCUGUACCUUGGUUACCACCAUCCGCAAUAAUGGCCGACAUAUCUAUCGAAGAGACCAACCGCCUGCGGGUAUCCUUGGGUAUGAAGCCCCUGCCCGUUCCCGGCGCCGGCCCCGUCUUCAAAGAAGCAUCUGGCCCCGUAGAGGAAGUAGGCAGCACGCUCGAAUCACGACAAGCGGAAGGCUACGACAAUUACCGCAAGCUGAAGGAAGCUGAAGAAGCAAAGAAGAAGCGCGACGAGAAGAACGAGGCUAUCAAGAGAGCGCGAGAUGCAGCGAAGCGGUUUUCGAAACUGGAAGGCAAAGGGCUGGGUGAUGCGGACGAGGAUGAAGAUAUGGGCGCGAAGGCGUGGUUGAUGAAACAAAAGAAGAGACUGAAGGAGAUUGAGAAGGCGAGGAAAAGAGAGCAGGAGUUGGCGGAUGCUGAGGCGGCCGCGGAGUAUACGGCUAAGGAUCUUGCUGGUGUCAAAGUUGGUCAUGAACUGGACACUUUCCAGGAAGGAGAGGAUCAGGUCUUGACGCUGAAAGAUACUACCAUCGACGAGAACGAGGAGGAGGGUGAUGAGUUGGAAAAUCUGGAUCUGCGCGAGAGGGAGAAGUUGAAGGACAAGCUAGACCUGAAGAAGAAAAAGCCAGUAUAUAACCCCCAUGAUGUCGACGAGAAUGGUGAAACUGGUAUCUUGGCACAUUAUGACGAGGAGAUCGAUGGAAAGAAGCGCAGCCGAUUUACACUGGACGGUAUGGGAAGUACGACAGAAGCUACAAUCGAAGGUGCAUCGGCGAAGAAAUUGAAAGCUAAAGCUAUCAGUCUUGAUCUGUUCAAAGAUGAGCCAAAGUCCGACUACCUCGAUAUCUCAGAAAUCAAGAUCAAGAAACCUAAGAAGAAGAAAGCCAAGUCCACCCGCCAGAAAGCAGCAGAUGAGGAUGAUAUUUUCCCUGUAGCGGAUACCGGAGAUGCAUCUGCCACCAACGGAGAAUCUAUGGAGGUGGAUCAGCCGCUACAGCCCAAGAAGCGAACUUUUGAAGACAUGUCAUUUGUUGAUGACGAAGAUUUGCAAGCUUCUCUUGCAGCACAACGAAGAAACGCUUUAAAGAAGCGUCAAAAACUUAGACCUGAAGAGAUCGCACAACAAUUCAGAGAAGAGGCGUCCGCUACACCUGCGGAGAAUGAAGUGGAAGAGGAGGCUGGUCUGGUCAUUGACGAGACUUCCGAAUUUGUUGCCAAUCUGCAGAAACCUACCGCGCCCGAACCAAAGAGAAGAUCCACUUCCAGGCAAGCUGAAGCGGUGACAGCAAUGGGUGACGACUCUGAUGACGAGGGUGAUGUCAACAUGGAUCGCUCCUAUGCCGAUAUCGAGGAUGAAGAGGAUCGACUUGCUCGCUUGAAGAGAGAGGAAUCGAAUGGCGAAGACAUGACGAAUACAGGUCUGGAACAAGAAGCUACACUGGAUCGAGGUUUAGGAUCAACCCUGAAACUUCUGAAAGAAAGAGGUAUCAUCAAGACAGCAGAGUCGGGAGAUCUCAACGCCAUAUUCCGACAGAAGCAAUUGUUCUUGGCAGAGAAACAACGUCGGGAAGCCGAUGCGGAGAAGAAAGCUCGAAUGCAGAGAGAACGAGACCGUGCCAAUGGCCGAUUAGACAAGAUGUCUGCUCGGGAGAAGGAAGAAUACGCCAGAUCACAAAACACUUUCCGAGACCAGGUCGAAUCCCGUCAACUCGCCGAGCAUUUCAACAAGGAAUACAAGCCGAAUGUAGAACUCAAGUACAUCGACGACCACGGAAGGAGCAUGAAUGCAAAAGAAGCAUUCAAACACAUGUCACAUCAGUUCCACGGCAAGGGAAGUGGAAAGCAGAAGACCGAAAAGCUGCUCAAGAAGAUCGAGGACGAGAAGCGAAGAGAAGCACAGAGUUCGCUGGAUGGCGGCAGUGGUGGUAUGAGUGGCGCUACAGCGCAGCAGCGGAAGAAGAGAGGUCAAGCCGGUGUAAGACUGGCGUGAUCUCAGUCGAUGAAUUUGUUUGGGUGCGCGAUGCGAUGAAAAGGUGCAACCUCCUACCUAAUCUUGUAACUAGACUUACUCAAUGCUGACAACAUUUCAAAAUACCGAGUCGCCUCGAUGGUGUGCGAUGUUGAGUUGAUUCCAGGUGAGAGGCUAACACUUUCUCUUUAGCCUUUGAUUAAGUAAGUUUGAUCUUGAUGAGCAUACAGGUCUGUAUGUUCUCUCUUUGGCAUUAUUCACGGUUUCAAUCUGUCAAAUUCAUUCAGAAAGUUCUGGUUCUGCUUCCUCUCCAAUUAGAACCCGCUAGCAGCAGUCACCGCUAUGUCGCACCUCAGGGUAUUCUUCUCCUGAAUCACGAUCUUUCCUGUUUGCAUUCACUACGCCGUGUUCCUUCGUCCCCUUCUCAAAUAUCUCGUUUUCCUGAACUCGAAGUACAAUUAAACCCACCACAAAAUAAACCCAACAACGAGCAAACCAAAGAAACUUCAAGUUCACUAUUCAGCCUUCCAAACAAAUCCAAAAUCAGAUGUGUAUGAACUACAACACAAUCUACGCCUGCGGCUGUAAGUUUGCGACCAACUACACUCGCUGCAGGCUGUAUGGUCGACCGAAUCAUCGUGCAUUCGAUUUCAACGACUAUGUGAGUCAGAACUGCUAUAGAUGUAUGAGGAGUCCUGGAAAUGAGGAUGGUAGGGACUGGCGCGGUUGAGAGAGGAAGCUAGAUGGGGAGAGGGACGGAUAAAGUAGGAGAUAGUGCGGGGGAAGAGGACUUUUUAUAUGUAUUUAUCAUGCAAAGUGGAAGACAGGCAUUUCGUUACAUGUUUGCAUGAUAUCGAGGUAGAUCCACACCAUCUAAAAGUAAACAACACGAAAGCCCAAGAG